AUGGCGGCUAGGAAUCAAUUUCGUCUUGUCAGGACUAAAUCUCGUACCUUCCAGAUACGGUAUAUUCCGGAUUAUGGUAACAUACCAUAUGCAUACCAUACCUCACCACACUCCCCCGACUUUAAAGAUGAAGUCCUCUCACCGGAAGUGCGGAAACCCGAGAUUCAAGUCCACUCCUGGGUUUCAAACCAGUACCCACAAUACCGCCUUUACAGGCCGACACCAUAUUUUAAUACAUGUACUAUCUCUAUCGGGAUUUCUCUUCAUUUGAAGGAAAAUAAGGAAAUUGAUAAAAAAGAUAAAUUGGUAAAGGAAGAAAAGGAAGACAUUGCAACCACUACCAAAGAAUCUGAUCAAGAAAAUGACAAGAAGAAGAAGAAAAAGAAGAUUAAGCUCCCAAGUUGUUUUGGUUUCAUUUCAACUUGGGUUGCCAAAAGGAAGGAGAAACGACGCGAAAAGAAAAGGAAGGCUAUAGCUAGCCGCGCUCCCACGCCAACGCUAGUUCAAUAUGAGCAUAGAAAAGCACGUGGCGGGGAGUCUUUUACCAUUGAAGUAGACUGCAAACCAAUAGUUAUGAAGCCGAUAUUGCCGCCAAUUAAGAAAGCUGACGGACCUAUACGACUAGCUUGUGAGGCUCGGCAAGAGAAAGCCGAGGCCAAAAGAAAUGAGGAGCUUUCCAAAAAGAAGGUACUGGCAAGAGAGCACCAGAGAAAAAAGACUGAAUGCAAGCAACGAAAGGACGAGUCCGAACACCGGUUUCAGGAAAGAGUUCGACUCACUAUCAGAUAUAGACAGGCAGACGCCGAAAGGAAUAGGAGUCGCAUGUCGUCUCAAAGAGCCAGUAAUAGCCGGAUGUCAACCAGAGCAAGAAGCUCACUGGCUGUUUCCUCCUCCUCAGAGUCUGUCGACGAGGGCAAUAACAACGCCCUCAAGGUCGGCAGCUCUCACUAGAUUUUAGGCCGGCCGACACUCCCUAUAAAUAGUAGGCCCAUACAUUUUGCUAUUGUCACGUGAUUGGAAGUUUUCUUCAAAAAGACUACAAAAUUAAACAAUUUAAUCUCCUUUUCCCAGCUCAUUUUUCAUUUUAUAACGUAAAACUGCUUUUUUUUCAUUUAAUUAUCACAUUUUUGUACAUAUUCGUUUUCAGCCUUUACUUUUGUGAUAAUUCUAUACGAAUUUCAAAUCAUAUUGUUUGUAACAUAUGUCCAUUGCCAAUUUCUUCAUUACCAUUUUCUUUAGUUUGUUUUCACUUCCUUCAUUUUCAAAAUCCUGCUUUGGAAAACAAUACAAUAUACAACAAGUUAAUAUCAUUUCGCGCGUAGUCUUGAUGAAUUUUUAAAUGACCAAAUUCUGUGAAAUUUCAACACAAUAGUAAUAUUUUUAGCACUAUUUUCAUAAACAAUACAAUUUCGGUAUACUAUUUUAUCUAAAUGAGAAAACUUUACAAAGUUUACAUAAACCUUCCUCAAUUGAAAAAAUAAAGUAUUUGUUUUAAAAUCUUUAUAACAACCUGACCGUGAUGAAUAUCAUCUGCCUUGAACAAAAAAAAUACAUAAAACAACGAAAACAAGUAUCAAAUCUACACUUUGACCUUGAUUUAUCAACGUCAAGUAUGAUGAUACUUACCAAAAAAACAUAAAACCACAAAAAGCAAGUAUCAAAUCUACACAUUGACCUUGAUUUAUCAACGUCAAGUAUGAUGAUACUUACCAAAAAAAUCUCAUCUCAUUUUAUCAUCCAAUCAUUCAUGUAUUCAUCAAAAACUCCAAGAAACAAGGCAUUGGUCUUUUACUUACAGUUUAAGAAAACUCUAAACCUUUAAAGAUACAUGUACAUUAAUUUUCUUAUCAUCCGUACGUGUACAUUGCAAUCAUUGGUUUGUAACAUUUCUAAGUUUCUUUUAUUUUCCUUUUUAAAAUCUGGAUAGUAAAAAGACGCACCUAAAUCAUUCAGUAUAUUUUUGGACAUUCUCAUCUUAGCAACAAGGAAAUAUAUAUUUUGGUAACACUGUACAUACUAUCUUAAAUGUUUUUUUAUACAAAUAGUUUUACAUAUCUUUUGAUAAUUCAUCAUAAUUAUGUUAUAGAAAUGAUUUUUUUUUCAUUUGUAUUAACAGUUAAAAACAAUAUGGCUAUAAAUAUUUUUGAUAUUCCUUGUUUUAUUAUUUAAUGACUAUUCACGUGACAUUGCUCUGAUAUUUCAAGGCAUAAAGUCCCUUUGGCCUGCUGUUAUAGGGAUGUUGUCGGCUGUGGUUUUUGGCAUUUCGGCAUUUUGUUUUCAAAACUUACAAAAUAUAUCUCCCUCUCAACAUUGCACAUUUGAUAUUAAGACUUAAAAUAGGUAUACCAAUAAAAUAAAUACAUCUACUGUUUACUUUACACGUUCU